GCUUAACUGACCCGAUAAAUCACACUGCAGAAUGCCGUGGAAAAUGAAUCCACAAAACAGAGGUUUAUAGUUUGCGAAUCGGAGAAAACGCGCUUACUAUGUCAUCAUCCCACCGCUUCAAACGUUGCUCACAACAUAUGACCAUAUGACCGCAUAUGACAAGGAAGACAACCAACAACAUCUGGCGCGACGAUCGCUUGAGAGUUCUUGCAGUUCUUGUUUCUUCAAACCGAUUAAAACAUAAUAACGUUUUUUUGCCAAGUUAUAACGCCUAAAACCUUAUUUAUUUUAUUUACCUUAUAUUCAGUAACACAGAGCACUGCGUGACUUUAUUUUGUUGCCCAACAGUAAAAAAAAUUUAGCACUAGCUUUGGCGCUAUCCGAAACAAAGAACACCACGGCACCACACAUUGACUUCCUUAGCAACCAUGCAAGCAACGAACUGACGCCGUCAUGGCUGUCGUGGUUUGUUUUCUCGUGGUUUUACCACGAUGUUGAUAAGAUGACAAGGUGCCCCUCGACGGCACGUUUUUUUUUUUUUUUUUUUUUUUUAGGCGCUUUAUUACUUUCUCUGCUGCCAUGGCCGCGGCGUCAUUGAAGGCGGCUAAAAAUGCAAUAAGAGCUGAAAUCAAGAAGCAGCUGAAGUCGAUGACAGCAGAAGACAGGUUCCGACAGUCUAAGAUCAUACUAGACAAGUUUGUAAACCAUUCCCGCUACAAGGCAAGUAAACGAAUAUCCAUUUUUGUGAACAUGGAGACAGAAGUUUCGACGGAGCCCAUCAUUCGACAAAUCAUCAACGACGGCAAAGAGUGCUUCAUCCCAAAAUACGACGAUCAGUCACAACAAAUGGACAUGGUCAAACUCGCAUCGCUUGAAGAACUGGGGAAGCUGCCAAUGACAAAGUGGCGCAUCAAGCAGCACACUGAUUUCGACCCGCGUGAAGAAGCACUGGUGACUGGCGGCCUUGACCUUCUCGUGGUACCUGCUGUAGCCUUCACGCCACAGGGUGCCCGCCUGGGCCAUGGAAAAGGAUACUAUGAUAUCUACUACAGUCGCUGCCUCAAAGCGCAAGCUCAAAGGCCUUACACUCUAGGUCUCUGCUUCUGCCAGCAAAUUGUGCCAAACAUACCAUUAGAUGACCAUGACAUGAUUGUUGAUGAGGUUCUCCAUGCCUGAUUGAUGCUAGGACUCUGCCAGUUUUGUGAUGUCGCAUUUAUUCUACCAUGACCACUGUCACUGACAAGCAUCGGGUAAUAAAAGAGAGGCAUAUUUUAUUAAA